GUGGUGUGUGCGUAUUCGGAAACAAACACACCAUGCAUAGUUUAAAGCCUUAAGAUCCAUAGUUUUCAUUUCCAUGUCAGAGAUAUAUCAGUGGAUAUUAAUUAUUUUUUUAUUCAAAUCACAUCACUGAUAUAUUAUAUAUAUUCAACCCACACACACGAAACCGACCUUUCCUUUCUCUUAUAUACUCACAACAACAAAAACAACCAGCCAUUAGAAUUCUUCACAGGUUGUUUGUUUGCAGGGACAGAGAGAGAGAGAGAGAGAGAGAGAGAGAGUUUUGGUGAUCAUCUUUCCUCAACUAUGUCGUCAUCGACUGUCAUGCCCACCACUUCUUCUUCUUAUCUCUCAUCCUCUGUCAUGGAAAACAACAACCAUCCCGACCGCCAAACUUUCCAGAAGUUCUUCGAAUUUUGGAUGGUUGAGCAAGAGCAGCAUCGUCAACAACUCGUCUCCGCCACCAAACACCGCCACGGACGAAGAACCAUCAACGUUGCGGCCAACCAAACAACGGCCUCUGAGGAUGAGGUCGAGACAGUAUUGAUUCCGCUGAUCGACAGAGUUAUGAAGCAUUACGAACAUUAUUACAGUGCCAAAUCCAAGUGUGCCAAGCAAGAUGUCUUUGGCUUCCUAUCCCCAUCUUGGCUGAGCUCUUUGGAGGAUGCUUUUCUCUGGAUCGGCGGAUGGCGGCCCAGCAUGGCUUUCCAUUUGCUUUAUUCCAAGUCCGGACUUCAACUUGAAGCCAUUCCACUCCACCACUUGAUUAAUGGCAUCUCAACAGACGAUCUGGCAGAUCUUUCGCCCCGGCAACUUGUCCAUGUGGAUGGGUUGCAGCAGAGUACCAUCAAAGAGGAGAAAAAGAUAACUGAAAUGAUGGCCAAGCACCAGGAGACUGUGGCUGAUGCUUCCAUGGUUGAACUUUCUCACAUGGUCACUGAAUUGAUCAUGUUGAAGAGCUCCCACACCGAUUCGGCCUGUUUGAAUGGCGGUGGAGCUGAAGUGGAGAAGGAGCGAGUGGACACGACUCUGGCACUCAAAGAGGAAGGUUUGGAGGUGAUAUUGCAGAGAGCUGAUGAUCUACGGCUGAGAACUCUGGAAGCUAUUGUUAAUGAUGUGUUGACUCCGACCCAGGCCGUUCAUUUCUUGAUCGCUGCGGCUGAGUUGCAUCUUAGGCUUCAUGACUGGGGAAAGAAGAGGGAAGCUCAAAUUCGUUGUCCCCAAAACUCUACAACGUAACAAAAAUCAUGAAUUCAUAUGAUGCAGAGUUUGGAACACACAAGUAGAUCAAAAGGACACAAAGAAUUGGGAUUAUGCCUACUAUUUGAAAAAAAAAAAAAAAAAAUUUCUUAUAAAUUUUUUAAUAUUAAGCUAAGGCAUUUAGUGUUAUAUUAUUAGAUGGAUUUGAUAAGGAAAAGAGUAAUUUUAAAACUUCUAAUAUUUUAUAAUAUGUUAUGUUUCAGUUUAUUACAAGAAUAUACCUUAACAGAUUUAUUUAUUUAUUAUUA